AUGGACGCGGAAAAAAUUGAGAGACUGAUUUUAUUAGUUAAUGACUAUAAUGAACUGUACGACAUGUCAAAUAAAAAUUACAGCAACCAAAAUAGGAGGGAUAAUAUUUGGUCAGAAAUUGGGAAGAAACUUAAUGAAAAUGGCGAUAUUUGCAAGAAGAAGUGGAAAACACUUAGGGAUGCUUUUCAAAAGGCUGCAAAAAGUAUGCAAACAAAAUCCGGGCAAGCUGCAACAAUUAGCAGAAAAUGGAAAUAUUGGGAUGCGAUGAGCUUUCUUUUGCCGCAUAUUAAAGGAAGGGAGACGCAAACAAACGUUUGUAGUGACGAAACAGGUGAGAACUUCGAAGAUGGAGAUGAAAUUGAUUCUGAAAGCCAUUUUGAACAAACCGAGGAAACCGAGGAACAAACCUUCGAAAAUAAUUAUCAUGAAAACCCGACAAGUCCAUCCGUAUCGCUGCCUACUACCCAACAGUCUUGUUCUUCAAGUGCAGUGAAUGUUUCAAGACCAGUAUCUCGUGUUGCAAGCGCAAAAAGUGACGCGGUUCCAAAUAAAAAAAAUAAAAGUGCACCUAGAACAGCGGAAUCUAUGCCAGAGAUACUAAAAGAAUAUAUACAAGAAAAAAAACGCAGCCGUUUAAAAAAACAAACUUUGGCAAUUGCGACACAAUCAACAGAUAGUAAAGAUAGCGCACUUCUAGAAUUUUUCACAAGCAUGGCGAAAACUACGUCCACAUUUCCCCCAUUAUGGCAGGCUAAAGUAAAAAAUAAGAUCUUUGAAAUAGUAAAUUUCCAUGAAUUGGCGCUUUUAGAAGCUUCCUCAGCCUCACCGGCUCCACCACUAGUUACAGAAAGUCUUACACAACCUCAAACACAAUCAACUGUACACACACAGCAGAUGCAUAUUCUUCCAAUGCAAAAUCAGUCACCAGUGCAAAACCAAUCAACCACCAAUUCUUUACUUUGCUACAAUAACGAGUCAUUAUUACACUCAUUACAGCCUCCUUCAGCAGCAUACUAUUCAUCAUUCGCAGCUCAAUUAUCUGCUAUUGAAAAAAGUUCUGGGCAAAAUAUUAUGAGACCAACUACAGAUGCAGGUUUAGAUACGGCUGCAACUGACCUAUCAAACAGGAUGUGA